AUGAAAAAUCUUGGGAAAAAUAUCACCAGAGCAUCUAUUGGACCAUAUACUAUUGCACUAAUGAAACUGUUUGUACGUACAUUGAGCCAGACUAGUGCUAGGUUGGCUGCCAAACUGAAAGGUGGUGCCACUUCAGGAGCAGCUGCACGACCAGUUUAUUUGGGACGCCCUAGUAAUAGUUUGACCCUGGGAAUCGUUGGACUUGCAAAUGUUGGGAAGUCAACUUUCUUUCAAGCUAUUACCAAGUCAGAACUCGGUAAUCCAGCUAAUUAUCCUUUUGCUACAAUCGACCCGGAACAAGCUCGUGUGGUGGUUGAAUCUGCAAAACUUAACCAUUUAGCUGCGUUGUACGGGUCACAAAAACUUGUACCUACCCUGCUUACAGUUGUUGAUAUUGCAGGUCUUACGAGGAAUGCAGCUAGAGGUGAGGGUUUAGGUAAUAAGUUUUUAUCAGACAUCCGUCAAGUAGACGGGAUCUUCCAAGUGGUACGUGGGUUUAGAGAUGAUGAAAUCAUUCAUAUUGAAGAUAAUAAAGUUGAUCCAGUAAGAGAUUUAGAAAUAGUUGCUGAUGAACUUAUGUUAAAGGACAUGGACUUUGUUGAAACUGGAAUUGAAAAGGCCCAAAAAUUACGUCGUAAACCUGGAAUCGACCAAAACAAGGUCGAACUAGAAUGUGCCACCCUUGAAAGAGCAUUAGAAUUGUUGUACGAUGGACGGAAAAUAUCUAGUAGUCGCGAAUGGACCGCUGAACAAGCAGAGGUGUUAAAUCUGCACAAUCUAUUAACAGCAAAGCCUACAGUUUUCCUUUUAAAUGUAAACGAACAAGAUUUCUUGUCCCAAGAAAAUGAAUUUAAAUCCGCGGUGGAAGAAUGGGUAGCUGAACAUAGUCCUGGUGAUGAAGUUGUGCUUUUCUCCGGGGCUUAUGAGUCUGCUCUUGUAGAAACUGCCGGUGAAGAGGAAGGAACUGUGGGUGUGAGUGCACUUCCUUACAUUACAGAUAGAAUGAGAUCAGUUCUUCGUUUGAUUUCAUUCUACACAUGUGGACCACUAGAAGCACGUCAAUGGACUGUUCGUGAAGGUUCCACUGCACCAGAAGCUGCAGGAGUUAUUCAUACCGACCUUCAGAAGACUUUUGUAUCUGCCCAAGUCUAUAAAUAUUCCGACUUGGAAAAAGAAUCUGCGCCAUUAGAUGAAGCUCGUUUGAAGAGCAAGGGCCGUCAACUCAAGGCAGGAAAGGCCUAUUUAGUCGAGGAUGGUGAUGUUUUGCUUGUAAAAGCUGCCGCAGGGAAGGCUAGAUAGAGCAAUAUUAGACCGAUCUUUUUGGUACAAAAGGGGGAUUGACUAUGGUGGACGUUUUUACUCAUUAAGAUUAUUCGUCACCUCUACUUCCACCCUAUCAUAGGUUUUUAAAUAUAUUAUCCCACAUGGGCCGGGGCUCAUUCUGCCCCUCUUAAGGUAAUACGAUCAAACAUUGUGGGGUAAGUCCAUGUUUGAUAACGCACAUUGCUUCGAAAUUC